CAAGAGUCAUCCAUUGACUCAUCUUCUUCGUAUUACUACAUUCCCUCCCCCCCUGCCUCACCUUCUUAGACUGUGCAUACGCAGUUAAAAGAGCUCAUUCCGAUACUACCUUGUCUAACUCUCCUGCGCACAUCCCUCCCUAGUCAGAACUCCCAGACAACCCCUCCAAUACCUACCUCCGGACUGGCGCAAUCAACCAAGAGAUUCCUGUGUCUGCUCCAGACAAGAUUCAAAAUGGUCCAGCAGGACGCCGGAGACGUCGCACGGCUCGUCCAGUCCCUGGAAGCCGCCAGUAAGAGAGGCAAAGCCAAAGACAAGAAAUCCUUCACAUGCAAAAAGUCCACCUUCGCGGUCGCGGGCUCGGAUAACAUCUCCGUCGACUCAUGGAAGUUCAUGGACUGGGAUUACAAACGCAGCGACCUCCCGACCUACGCGCGAGGCCUCUUCACGUCCCGGAGGAAAGACGGCACGCCUGAGAUCUGCGUGCGUGGGUACGACAAGUUCUUCAAUGUCGACGAAGUCAACGACACCAAGUGGAGGAAUAUCGAGAAUAAUACCCGCGGACCCUACGAGCUCAGCGUGAAGGAGAACGGAUGCAUUAUCUUCUUUACCGGUCUGGAAGACGAUACCCUACUAGUCUGCAGCAAACACUCGACAGGUAUCCGGAAUGAUGCGGAGAUAAGCCAUGCGCAAGCCGGUGAACACUGGAUCGAGCGCCAUGUCUCGGCCGUGGGGAAGUCGGUGAAGGAAUUGGCGCGAGAGUUGCGUCGCAUGAAUGCUACUGCAGUGGGUGAACUCUGUGACGAUAGCUUUGAGGAACACGUCCUCGCGUACGAUGAAUCGGCCGCCGGGAUCUACCUGCAUGGAAUCAACUACAAUAUGCCCGAGUUCAUGACCUGUCCGGGCUCUGAAGUACAUGCGUUUGCCGAUAAAUGGGGAUUCAAGAAAGCCAAGUUUGUGGAAUACGACGAUAUCGAUUCGGUGAAGAGAUUCCUCGAAGGGUGCGCAGAGUCAGGGACUUGGGAUGGCCGGGAGACCGAAGGCUUCGUGAUUCGGUGCCAGAAGAAUGAACGGGGCAAGGGUCCGUUUCAGGAUUGGUUUUUCAAAUACAAGUUCGAGGAGCCGUAUUUGAUGUACAGACAGUGGCGCGAAUGCACCAAGGCUGUAAUAGCCGGAAAAGUCCCUAACAUUAAGAAACACAAGAAUAUCACCGAGGAGUACCUGAAGUAUGCUCGCAGACAGCUCGCCCAAAAUCCUCAGUUGGCGAAGGAUUACCAGCAUAACCACGGCAUUAUCGCCAUGCGAGAAGGCUUCCUCCAAGAACGCGGCCUGAAGGGGUCUGAGAUCAUUGCGAUGGAGUCGGAAGGCGAGUAUGAGGUGAAGGACGACGUGAUCUUGGUUCCAAUUGCCUCUCUCGGCUGUGGAAAGACGACGGUGGCUCUUGCGCUGGCCAAACUGUUCGGCUGGGGCCAUGUGCAGAAUGACAACAUCCCCAAGCAGAAGAACAAGCCGAAAAAGUUCGCCCUAGACAUCACGAACCUUCUCGGAAUCCACCCGGUAGUGAUUGCAGACCGGAACAACCACAUGCGGCGCGAAAGACAGCAACUCAUGGACGACAUCUUCCCAGUUAUCCCUAAAGCGAAGUUUGUAGCUCUGCAGUAUGUCCACGAGCCCAAGGGGCAGAUGCUUCCAGACAUUCGGGAGGUUACGCGACGCCGGGUUCUCGACCGCGGUGACAAUCACCAGACCAUCCGUGCCGGAAGCAAAAAUCCCGACGAGAUCAUCGGCAUCAUGGAGGGGUUCCUCAACCGUUUCGAGGGUGUCGACACCGACCGUGAACCGGACAAGAGUUUCCACGAGGUCAUUGACCUCGACGUAUCUGCCGAUUCGCGAGAGAACCUGGAGACAGUAGUAACCGCACUCCAUAAACGCUACCCCCAGGUCGUAAAAGAGGUCCCCACUCCACAGGAACUCGACGCCGCUCUCGACUGGGCAAUGUCCGACUACCAGGUCGAGGUAGACCUCAGCCACCAGUACGGAGGGAAGCCCCAGAAGGACAAGAACAUGAAAGGCCCCCAGUCGACCCCCACGCCCGUCCCAACCCCGGAGACUCUAGCAAAGGGCAUCGAAUACUUCUGCAUCUCCCUCCCAGCGGCCGAGGUAUCGGACCUACUCCAAUCGUUAUUCCCGCCCUCAACCGCUCCCGAGAAAGCUCGACUAUACCGCCAGCUAGUGAACUCCCGCCGUAUCCAGCCCACGUUCCACGUAACCUUGAUCCAUCGUGCCGUGAAGAAAGACUGCCCAGACAUCUGGGACGCGUACACCCAGCAGUACAUCCAGAAGAUGAAGGAAAAGCCCGAGUCGGAUCCCACCGUGACACCCGCCCUAGCGCCUGCUCGGGUCCGACUGGAACGCCUUCUCUGGGACGAUCGCCUAAUGACCUUCGUCGCUCGGAUUAUGCCCCCGGAAGACCAGGAGCAAGCCGGAUGGGCUUGUGUGAAUGAUAUCCCGCACGUUACGGUGGGUACAGUCUCGCCUCAGGUCAAACCCAAGGAGAGCAACGAUCUGUUGCAGCGGUGGCAUCAGGUGGGAUCUGGGGGUGAAACUGGUAUCUGGGAAGCUGAUAUCCCGGGUGUGAAGGUGGUAUCGGGGACGGUUGGACUGGUAAUGAGCAGGAAAUAGUUUUACGACUGAUUAUGACUUGGCAAAAGUAGAAAAGCCUAUCUGCUACUUAAUGUAGGAUUGGAACGGAAAGAAAAAACCAAGGGCGGGGGGGGGGAAGAGAAGUUAUCAUAGUAAUGAAUGAGCAUACGUAUUUAGACAUUCAAUUAUUGUGCAUGGUCUUAU